AGUGAUCAGACCCCAGAUCUGCCAGACUUGUGGGCAUGUGUAUAAGGUGUUGCCAUGGAUACGGAAGCUGUCAUCAGCAGCAGCCAGUAGUGCUGAAGGGCUAGAACCGCGAUUAGGGAUACAUGAGGUGCGAGAGAAAAUGAAGGAUUUGGUCGGAGCGCAGAAAUUGUACAGUGUGGGCACGUAUGACCGAUCAGAUGCGGCGUCAACGUUACCCAAGGACCAGUCAGAGCUUCGUGAGCGUGGCAUGAAGGAAAGUUAUCAGGAGGCCAUCAUCCCACUGACUGAUGAUGUCAUUAAGGAGAAGUACAUCAAUUUCUACAAGGGCAUUCGGUUUGGCAGGAUCCUGGAGGAUUUGGACACAUUUGCAGUUUGGAUUGGCUAUUCCCAUAACCGUGACCCAGCUAAAGGCUCUGAUCAGAAAUCGAAUCUAAGCAUUGUCACUGCUUUUGUGGACACAAUAGAGGUAAAACACAGCAGAAUUCAGCCUGACCAAGACGUGAAGAUGUCAGGUCAUGUAACCUGGGCAGGGAAGACAUCCCUUGAGGUGACCAUGCAGCUGGAGCAGAUGUAUCAAGAUACAUGGAAGAAAAUCCUGGAUGCUAAGUUUGUGAUGGUGGCCAGAGAUCCUGUUGCCAAAAGGGCUGCCUUUGUGAAUCCACUGAAGGUGAUAAAUGACGAAGAAAAGGAAAUUUUUGAAAUGGGUGAACAAAGGAAGAAGAAGCGUCAGGAUCAGUCUACGCAGUCCUUGCUGAGAACUCCACCUGAUGCCGAGGAGAGGCUCCUCAUACACGACCUCUUCCUACAAACCCUCGACCCAAAUUCUGCUUCAUUUCGAGUGAGAGUUAAACCAGAGAAUUCUGUUUGGAUGGAAGAAACAAUGCUGAAAACAAUGACUAUAUGUCAUCCUGAGCAACGGAACUUGUACAACAAGGUGUUUGGAGGUUUCUUGAUGAGGAAGGCUUUUGAGUUGGCCUGGGCAAAUGCCAAUCUUCUGUGUCAAUCCAGACCAUAUGUGCUAGCUGUAGAUGACAUCUUGUUCAGGAAACCAGUUGAGAUUGGCUCCCUGCUGUUUCUCUCAUCUCAGAUUGUGUACACGAGUGGAACUAAGAUGCAGGUCAAAGUUCAUGCAGAGGUUGUGAACCCUGCUGACGGCCAUCACGACACAACGAACAUGUUCCACUUUACCUUUGACUCUAAGAAGACCAAUGUUCCUAUCCUGAUGCCCAAAUCUUAUGCAGAAGCCAUGAUGUAUCUGGAAGGUAAAAGGCACUUUGAGAGGUGAACUACGGAGUUUGCAAGUUGGGUACCAAAACUUAUUAAUUAUUAAAACUAUUAUUAUAUUCCAGAUUAAUUUAUAGAAACCUUAAUUAAAUUGUAAUAUGGUUCAAUAUUGUCGGAUAUUAGAUAUGCAGAUUGACAGAUGGGGAUAUGAGUACUUGGAAGUACCAGCUUGCUGGGCUUUUAUAGGUUAUCUUUACAGUGCUAUGAUUAUCUUAAAAUAGAUCACAAUACUCUGAAAAGGAUUU